CGUGAUUCUUCUUGGAUCUUCCCUUACGAUUCUGGUUGACGGCAACGUGGACACCAUUCUGGAGACGGUGAGGAACCUGAUCCGCCAGAUGGUCCCGAACCCGGAGAUGCAGCAGCAGUUCCUGGCCAAAGUGGACGAGGCCAAGGAGUGCCUCGACAUGGCCAAGGGAAUAAACCCCGACGUUGUGAAGAAGCUCGUGGACGGUAUCAUUCCCACCGCUGCCAGCUGCGCAGCCCAGACUGUGGGUGUCUCCGACAUGGACAAAAGGAAGGAACUCAUGAAAGCUUGCUUCAAGGAAAAAGCAGAGGAUUUCAAGAAGUCAAGCGGCAUGACCGAUGAGGAACUCGCCAAGUUUGAGAUGGCUGGGAAAUGUUUGGAGGAGAAGGUUCAAGCUUAAACAUUGACGGCUUGGUUUCUGCCAAAUGCUGUGAAAUCUUGUAGAAGCAAGCGUUGGCAACAAUAAAGCAGCAAUAAAUA